AUGAGGGAAGCCAACUUCAGCAUACCUAAUGUCAACAAGGCAUCCGUGGGCAUCACCACGGCCUUGUAUGACCGCCGGGCUCUCGACUGCACAUCGACACUACCGCUGAUUAAUUCAUUGAACCAUCUUGCUUAUCUCACCACAUCUUCCGCACGCAUCCGCGACAUUCUAACUGUCGAUGGCGGCAUCGAGCGGCUAGUCUGCAUUUUGAAGGAGGGGCGAAGCAAAGACAUGAUGGACAUGUGGAAGUGGAAUCUCGCCUUCCAAUGCGUGGUCAACAUAGGCGUUAGAGGCACAGAGGGCGUUCGGACCCGGGUCGUCGAGGCCGACAUGGUUCCGGUGAUUGCCACCAUUCUCGACAACUACAUCAAGGUGAUCGAGAAGGUCCGUGAAAAGGCGGAGGAAGCUAAGAAGUCGGACCGCCAUCGCAUCGGCGGGAGCAGCCGUGUGCAUAAGUCAUCGAGUUUCUCGUCCCGCUCGGGCACUUUAGAUGUGGACCAGCGGACUUUCCGGAGACAAGCACCGCCUCCCUCAAUUGAUGUGUCGGCAGCUCUCGCCGGGCCGUCCACCUCGGUGGUUCAUUCCAACGCCGACCCGACACCCAUAGCACCGCAUUUCCAGGUCACUCCGCCACCCGAUCGGGCUCCUUUGACGGCUACUGCACAUCGCCCUCAUCAUCAUCACCACCAUCACCAUAACCACCGCUCUGUCCCUUCGCCGGGGCCACACACGGCACCCCUCGCGCCGGUAGUCCCUUCUAUGGAUGCCGCCGAUGGGGUCACCAGGCCCCCCGUCCGUGACGCCGACCGUCUCGGCAACAUGCUCCCCUUCUCCCGCUCCGCCAUCGUUUCGCAGCCGGCUUCACCAACAACUCCCCUGCCGCCCCCACAACUACGGUCCCCUACCGUGCGACCCACUUCCAUGCUAGCCGCGGCAGCCCGGUCCCGAAGACGACCAUCUAUCCGUCACCAGCACUCGACCUCCGCCGAAAACGACGAUCUGAACGCUGAAAGUAUCACGUCUGACGACUCGCCCGACGCAGAGAUGUCCGGUACCAAUGACAUUCAACCCGAAGUCAACAUCCCAGAAGUCACGGUUGAAGACGGGGAUAGCAUGAUGACCGGCGGGGCCAUUGACUUGAACACGCCGACGGCAUCGGAGACACAGGACACCGGCACCUUUAACAUCACUCACGAGACUCCAGUGGAUGGCAGCGUUCCCACCAACAACACGCCGGCGCCCGUGCCGGCUAUGGGCUUGUCUCCGACACGGCCAACACUGGUCAGCCCGCCGCAACCAGCCAUGCCCAACGCGAGCGUGCCGCGCUACCUUCUCGACCGCCAAGUCAGCCCGAACCCGCAAGUGCUCGCCGCCAUGCCUCGGGAAGAAGAUGUCUUGAUGUCGCUCCAGCUUCUCGCAUACGUGUCCAAGUACUGUAACUUGAGGAAAUAUUUCCAACGGAGCCAUCUGGUUCCCAGGCUUAAGAUCGGCAAGGAAAUUCAGGUUCUAGAUGGCGCCAGCCCGACUGACCUGGAAGCCGAACUGGAGCAAGAGGACGAGGAAUUGGAGGAGGAAUACUGCCUGCCCAACGACCUGAACAUCUUCCCGCUCGUGGAGAAGUUCACGGUUAGGUACCACAGCACCGACAUGCAGUACUGGGCCGGAGUCGUUAUGAGGAACCUGUGCCGGAAGGACGACACGCGAGGAGGGAUUCGACAGUGUGCCUACUACCAGUGCGGCAAGUGGGAAGAGUUCACCCGGCAAUUUGCCAAGUGCCGCCGCUGCCGGCGUACCAAGUACUGCAGCAAGGAGUGUCAAAAGAGUGCCUGGGCUUUCCACCGCCACUGGUGUAUCGCCGCCACGCAAUGA